AUGAGGUCUAGUUUAAGAAAUGUUAUUCAACUUAGUUCAGGAGUUGUUAUAUUAUUUUCAUCUUUUUCCUGUCAUGGAUUUAUUACUGUAUCAGUUAUUAAAACAUUAGUUGAAGAAAAUCCAGAUAUUUAUAAAGAUUGUGCUUAUAUUGCUUUAUGCUUAUAUUAUUUAUCUUUUAUGAUAUCAUGUUUAUUUUCUGCUUACAUUGUAUCAAUGAUAGGAUCGAAGAAAGGAUUAAUUUUUGGAUCAUUAUGUUUUACAUUAUAUAUGCUUCAUUUUAUAUAUUUUUAUGAAUAUAUUUAUUAUAUCUUAAAUAUUUUAUUGGGAUUUUCUGCUGCUAUUUUAUGGGCAUCACAGGGUGAAAAAUUAGCAAGUUACUCAAAUGUUGAAACAAGUGAAAGAAAUACAACUGUUUUUAUGGGUAUAACUCAAAAUGGUAUUUUAUUUGGAGGAAUAUUUAUGCUUAUAAUGACUUUUAAAAGUAAUAGUAUAGAACAUCCUUCAUUAAUUGAUAUUCAAAUAUAUUAUAUUAUAUUUGCUGCAAUUUGUCUUGUUGGUGUAUUAACAUUUAUUUUUUUACCUAAUGGAGGAAAUUUAAAUGAUACAGAAAAACAGAUGCCCUUAAAAAGAUUAGAUGACAAAGAAUGUGAAGAAAAAGAAAAUAAUACAAAUAUUUAUAGUCUUAUCAAAAUUGCAACAAAAAAAGAAAUGAUAACGUUAAUACCUAUUUAUUUAUUUCUUGGUAUCUCACUUUCAUUUUUUAGUGUUGUGAUACCAUCAUUACUACCAUUAAGUGAACCUUUAAAAAAUUAUAUUUCAUGGUUUAGUCCUUUAUGUUGUAUAUUAUUUGGAGCUGGGCAAAUAUUUGGAUCUUUUACUUUUAGUUUUAUUAGUAAGCAUCCAGGUAUACUUACAAAAAAAGGAAAAGUUUUACUAUCAGUAAUAUGUUAUUUUUUUUCAUUUGCUGUAUUUAUCUUAUAUUUACCUCAUAAUUCAUUACAUGGAUAUGGUUUUUUAUCACCACUUAUGUCAAUAUUAGCUUUAGCUAAUUUUAUUUAUGGUUUUUCUGAUGCAAUGUUUAAGACACAAGUAACAUCAGAAUUAUUAGAAAUAUUACCAAAAAAUGGUGGAGAAGCUUUUGCUUUAUUUAAUUUUUGGAUUGCUGCCGGUGCUGCAUUGUCUUUUCUCAGUAGUAUGUAUAUAAAUUUUUUAUUACAAUGUUCAAUAUUACUUGGAAUGUUAGGAAUUACAAUCAUAUCUUAUGUUAUGCUUCAAAAAGUUAAAUUAACUACUAGAAGAAUGGAUGAUGAGUCAUAA